AUGGAAGGCUUACCUCUUUUUGCCCAAGGAGAUGAGUUGAGGGACUAUAUAAUCUUCCAUUAUCGAAGAGGUAGCAGAGCAGAAAAGAUAGCUAUUUUGCUGAAAAGUAUUAUCCCAGAGCACCCCCUGAUGGCAAAAUGCACUAAUGGAAGUGUUUCUCUGAGAAAAGUAAAAGUGUUUCAAAUCUUCAAUAUAAAGAGUGGAGACAAGAGAGGCUUUGCUUUUAUAACAUUUGAUGACCAUGACUCUGUACACAAGACUGUCAUUCAAAAAUACCACACUGUGAAUGUCCACAACUGUGAAGUAAGGAGAGCACUAUCUAAGCAAAAGGUGGAGAGUGCUUCAUCCGGCCAAAGAAGUCGAAGUAGUUCUGGCAACUUUGGUGGUGGUCGUGCAGGUGGUUUUGGUGGGAAUGACAACUUUGAUCAUAGAGGACACUUCAGUGGUGAGGGGGCUUUGCUGGGAGUCAAGGUGGUGGUGGAUAUGGUGGCAGUGGGGAUGCCUAUAAUGGAUUUGGUAAUGUUAGAAGCAACUCUGGAGGUGGUGGAUGCUAUAAUGAUUUUGGCAGUUACAACAAUUGAUCUUCAAAAUCUGGACCCAUGAGAGGAGGAUAUUUUGGAGGCUAAAGCUCCGGUCCCUAGGGUGGUGGAGGCCAACACUUUGCCAAACCAUGAAACCAAGGUGGCUACGGUGGUUCCGGCAGCAACAGUAGCAACAGCAGUGGCAGAAGGUUUUAACGACUGCUAGGAAACAAAGCUGAGCAGGAAAAGAGAGCCAGAGAAGUGAGAGCGAAGCUGCAGGUUAAAACAGGUUUGUGAUCUCAGCCAAACACAGUGGUGGCAGAGCCAAGCUGCCACAAAGAAGACCUGUUUUAGACAAUACUCACGCAUGUGGACAAAAAACUUGAGGACUAUUUGUGAUUGAUUAUA